AUGACCUGGAAGACAUGGGCAGUCAUUUUCGUGCUCUCCUCGACAUUUGGACUCAGUUUCUGGCCCGUUCCUACCACCGCUGCGCUCCAAACCAAGCUUGCUGCAGAAUGGGUCUCUCCAUUAUCAUCCUCCUGGUUUGUCCCCGCCUACACAACCGCCAGCGCAAUUGGCUUCUUACUGGCUGGUGCCAAUUCCGAUCUAUUCGGCCGUCGUCUGUUUCUCCUUUUCGGCAAUGUUACAUGCUGCGUGGGAUUCCUCGUUACCGCCACAUCAAAAGGUCCCGCCCAAUUCACUGCCGGAUUGGCUAUCACUGGAUUCGGAGGUGGAUUCUGCCAGAUGGCCAUGUGCUCGAUUCCUGAGCUGAUGCCGAACAAAUUUCGCCACAUCGGUGUGUGUCUUUCGGAUGGAUUCGUCUUUGUCAUUGUUGUUAUCGGUCCCAUCGUCGGAAGAUACGCCAUCGAUGCCGGAAACUGGAAGUACAUUUAUUACGGAGGAUUCGUUGCACAGUUCAUGUCUCUGACUGCCCUCUUCCUCUUCUAUAAGCCACCAAAGCACCCUAAGGGUAUUCCGUGGCAUGAAGCGCUCCCCGGCUUGGACUACGUCGGCGCUUUCCUUGUCGUUCCAGGAAUCUGUCUCACGCUCGUUGGUAUCAUCAACACCACCUACAAGAAGAGCACCGAUAUCCUCGUCAUCGCCCCAAUGUGCGUUGGCUUUGGCGUCUUAGUCCUCUUCGGUCUCUGGGAAACCUUCUCCAACGUCAAAUACCCCCUCUGCCCACCGCGCAUCUUCCGCUCCCACAACGGCCGCGAGUUCACCGUCCCCUUCAUAAUCGCCUUCAUCGUCACCAUGUUCUACUACGGCAUCAACGUCAUCUACCCGACCAUGAUCAACAUCUUCUACAUCACGCCCACAACCUCGCGCUCCGAAACCCUCCUCCUCACGCUCCCGGGUAACCUCGGCCUCGUCUUCGGCGCACUCCUCCUCAUCGCCUUCGGCAACCUCGUCGGCCACUGGAAAUGGAGCCUCAUCGCCUCGUGGUCGGGCAUGACGCUCUUCGGCGGGCUGAUGGCGCUCGUGACCCCCUACAACAAGGGUACCAUGAUCGCCUUCACCUUCGUCAUGCAGACCUUCUUCGGCUGGGCGCAGUACGAGAGCGUCGCCUUCACGCAGCUCGGCGUCGGCCAGCACGACCUCGGCAUGAGCGGCGGGCUGGCGGGCGUCGCGCGGUAUGCGGGCGGCUCGCUGGCGCAGGCGAUCUAUGUGAGCGUGCUGGCGAAUACGCAGAGCGCGCGGGCGGCCGUGACGGUGCCGGCGGCGGCGAUGCGCGCGGGGCUGGAUGCGACGGCGGCGCAGGAGCUGCUCGCGGCGUUGCCGCUGGGCGCCGAGGCGAUUAUGAAGGUGCCUGGUGUUAACGCGGAUAUCAUUGCGGCAGCUAGCGCGGCAUUCAAGUGGUCGUAUGCCCAUGGGCUCAAGAUCACGGCGCUGAGCUCGCUGGCGUUUGGCGGCCUGGGGCUUGUCAUGUGUCUCCUGGUUGAGAACAUUGAUGCGAAGAUGAAUAAUAAGACGGAGAUUUAUCUGGAGAAUGAUGUUUAUGGCGAGCGGAAUGAGUUCCAUUGAAGGGGCUUGGUUGGGUGUGGAACUAGUAAUGUGCAACGCCGGUUCCGAAGAGAUAUACCUAUAUCAAUGAU